GACCCGCUAUUGUGAGCUGUCACAUACACCAGCCUUAAUAUCUCUGACAAGAAGAGGACUCGGUCGUAAGAUCAAAACAUUAGCAUAUUGCAACGAUCAUGGAGAUGGUCGAGGACUAUGUGGAAGCUAGCAAUAUGCAACAGCGUGACGCUGAGGACGUUGUUGAGGAAUUUGUGACUGAACUCUCCAAAAUGCAAGGUAGAAACAUUGAUAUCGGAUCGGGCCCGGGUGACAUCACCAAGAUGUUAUUGUCGAUCAUGCCGCACGAUUCGGAGAUAGUAGGCGCGGAUAUAUCGCAAGCGAUGGUGAAUUAUGCGCGCCAGAAGCACAUUGACAAACGAUUGUCGUUUGUCGUACUGGACAUUGAAUCGAGCAAGUUUGACCAAGUGGAAAAAUAUGAUAAUGCCGUGUCUUUCUAUUGUUUGCAUUGGUGCAUUGAUAUACGGCGCGCUUUCGAAAACAUCUACAAAAUGUUGCGGCCAAAUGGAAAAGCGCUGAUGAUGUUCCUUGGAUAUCAUAGUGGAUUCGACUCGUACAUACGACUUAAACAGAAUCCGCGAUAUGAACCUUAUGUAUAUGAUGCGCCACGGUACGUGCCGUAUUUUCAAAGAAAAAUGUGCAAAAAUAUCGGAACAAGUCUACGAAAGAUGCUCGAGGACAUUGGAUUCGAAAUAUUGCAUUGCAGCAAAAGGGAAAAAUCUUAUCAAUACAGUAAACAGAGUUUCAAAAACCACGUGAGUGCCGUCAAUCCAUUCAUCAAAAGAAUGCCGGACGAUAUGAAAGACGAAUUCGUGGACUACCUGGUAAACGAAAUAAUGAGCCAAAACGCUCUGAUUCCCAUGAAAAGCAAAAACAGUGAAGAAGAAUACAUAAUCUUGAGAUAUUAUCUUCUAAUAGCGUAUGUGCAAAAACCAUCAUCGGCUGCCUGAAAGUCUUAACGCUAAAAUCGCGGCGAUUUUAAUCUCCUCCAAAAUCAUAGAUAAGUUAUUUAUGACAUCAUAUUAUUUUUAUGAUAUGUGGUAUUUAGUUACCACAAAUUAAAUACUACACUUUUAUUAAUACUAAUGCAGUCUAUGCAUAGCUACAGUCAAUGACAGUGAAAAGUAAAACUAUCAAAUGGAUAAAAAAUGGGAUAGCCGCGGUUCUAGUUAAAGUAAAAAUGUGUUUAUAUUUUUAGAUAAUUGUUAGAUAAUUGU